AACAACACUAACGGAAGCAUCAACGUGCAAAGCAAAGACGGACAGACGCUUUCUGUCUCGACUGGUCUCACUUUGAAACAUAUUUGAGCGAAAGAGUUGAAAAUAAAUAGAAAAUCGGCGUCCAAAUGCGGCGACGUGAUAUGUGCAUACAACAACAGCAGCAGCAGUAGCAGUAGCAGUAGCAGUAGCAGCAGCAGCAGCAGCAGCAGCAGCAGCUCCAUGUUGCAGUUGCCAUAGCUACAUAUAUAGCACGCAAAAUCUGUUCUAUCAGCUUACACAUGCUCAUGCUUCAGUGGCAAUAUGUACGAGCAGCAGCUACAGCAGCAACAGCAACAACAACAGCAGCAGCAGCAGCAGCAGCAGCAACAACAUUUGUGACAGCCGCGUGCCAAAAAUUGCCGAUUUUAACAAGCAAAUUGCAACAGCGACAGCAGCAACUAUUGCUAACUAAAGCAACAACAACGACAACAACAGCAACAACAAUAACAGCAGCAGCAGCAGCAACAACAACAACGAAUAUUGCAACCAGGCGCCGCAAACUAACAAAAUGUCAAUUCAAAAGCUAAACGAGAACGCGAACUCGGGCUAUGUUAGCUCCGAGGAGACGGACUCGCUGCUUGUAUCGAACCCAACGAAGGGCGGGCGAACCGCAUUGCUGCGGCAGGUGAAGAGCAGCUCGGCAAAUGGACCAACAUCGAACAAUAUGGCUUCCACGUCCGGUGGCAAACCGACGCUGAUGCGUCAGGAUCGGACAUCCACAUAUCUGACAAGUCCGCAGCAGUCGCAGCAUAUCCGCAUGGGCUCCGAGGAGAGUAUGCGCGGCGGCAUUGGUAUCGGGCACAACGAUGAGGAUAUUGAGCAGGGGCUGCGUGCCGCCAUUGUGCCUGACAUUGAAGUACACGAAGAGGACCAAGAACUAACACAAAAUACAUCAACAACAACAACAAUAUCGGCAUCGGCCAGCUUGGCUGGCGGUGCUCUGACCAAGCAGCAACAGGAACAGAAACCGACCAUAUCAAUUAUGAAUUUAAGCCUGAAACCGCAUGACGGAACUGCAACGGGAGCGGGAUCGGGUGCGGGAACGGGUGCGGGAACGGGCACCGGCUCGAGUCAUCCCAAUUUGGGCACAUCAUCAUAUCAGAAUCUAUCAUCCAGCAUACCGCCAAGUGCGCCCAGUCGUUGUCGUGCCUGCCGCAAUUGCAGUCGACGGGCAUCGACGACGCCCAUCUCGACGGGCGGCCAGAUUGAUCGAUCUGCCUCGCGGGACAGUGUGAAAAGUGCCUUCCAACAGGGUAACCUGACCAGCUCGAUGGCCAUAUGCAUAUCAAACUCAGCCCUCCAACAGCAGCAGCAGCAGCAGCAGCAGCUGCAGCAUCAGCUGCUGCAACAGCAUCCGCAUCACCAGCAGCUGCAUCAGCAACAAUUUCAGCUGCAUCAGCAACAAUUGCAGCUGCAUCAUUAUCAACAGACACAGGUGCCGCCAGUGUUAAUCACAUCAUCGCCGACAAACGGUUCGCGGAUCAUCAGGCAGAGCUCACAGCCGGAAUCGAGCACCACGGCCAUUUGCUGUGGCUCGCACAGCUCCUGCGGCCACUCCCACACGGUACCGAAUGUGUCCCUCAAGCAGCUGCGGGAAAGCACCACAGAUGGCAUUGCGGGCAUUGCCGCCGAUUCCCUGAGGAUCAAUGGCGGCAUGCGCCCAUUCAAACAGGGCGUUCUUCUAAUGCCUCGCACAUUGUCCGAAAGCCGAAAGUUGCGACUUAGAAGGGCCUUCACAGAGGCCACUAACGAAACGCUACAAUGCUCCAAAAUGCUCCGCAAGCCAGCGUCGACACUUUCAAUUCCUGGCUCGAUGAAAACACCUUCCAUUGCGAACCGGGAACAGAUCUCAUCUGGAUGCAACGAAGAAGCGGCCGAGGCACUUGUGGGUAUCCACUCAGACUACCCUAGGUAUGAAAUGUAUAUGGAAGAACGUGCGCUUACUGGCGGCAAUACGUCCAGGAAGCCAUCAACAAACUCGGCCAAACACAAACCCAAUGUGGGCUAUCGCCUGGGCAAGAGAAAAGCUUUAUUCGAGAAGCGUAAACGCAUUAGCGACUAUGCCCUUGUCAUGGGCAUGUUCGGGAUCAUCGUGAUGGUGAUUGAAAACGAACUGAGCAGUGCCGGCGUCUACACAAAGGCAUCGUUUUACUCGACAGCGUUAAAAACCUUAAUAUCUGUUUCGACUGUGAUUCUUUUAGGACUUAUAGUAGCUUACCAUGCUUUGGAAGUGCAGGUGAGAUUAUUCAUGAUAGAUAACUGCGCCGACGAUUGGAGGAUCGCAAUGACAUGGCAACGAAUUAGUCAAAUAGGCUUAGAACUUUUUAUAUGCGCUAUACAUCCAAUUCCUGGUGAAUACUAUUUCCAGUGGACGACGAAAUUGGCCAAUAAAAAUAAAACAAUUGGCACUGAAAUGGUGCCAUACGACGUAGCUUUAUCACUACCUAUGUUCCUUCGAUUAUAUUUAAUCUGCCGCGUAAUGCUGCUUCAUUCAAAGCUAUUCACAGACGCAUCAUCACGGAGCAUCGGCGCUCUCAAUAGGAUUAAUUUUAACACAAGAUUUGUUUUGAAAACACUAAUGACAAUAUGCCCGGGAACGGUUCUAUUGGUCUUUAUGGUCUCGCUGUGGAUCAUCGCAUCCUGGACGCUGCGGCAAUGCGAAAGAUUUCAUGAUGAAGAGCAUGCGAAUCUUUUAAAUGCAAUGUGGCUGAUAGCGAUAACAUUUUUGAGUGUUGGUUUCGGUGAUAUUGUUCCGAAUACGUACUGUGGACGUGGUAUCGCUGUCAGUACAGGAAUAAUGGGUGCUGGCUGUACAGCGCUACUCGUGGCUGUGGUAUCCCGCAAGCUGGAGCUGACCCGUGCCGAGAAGCAUGUGCACAACUUCAUGAUGGACACGCAGUUAACAAAAAGGCUGAAAAAUGCUGCGGCGAAUGUUCUUCGUGAAACUUGGCUCAUUUACAAACAUACAAGACUAGUAAAACGGGUUAAUCCCGGCCGUGUAAGAACCCACCAAAGAAAGUUCCUUCUAGCUAUAUAUGCGUUGCGAAAAGUUAAAAUGGAUCAACGCAAACUAAUGGAUAAUGCAAACACAAUAACCGAUAUGGCCAAGACACAAAACACGGUCUAUGAAAUAAUAUCGGAAAUGUCUAGCCGUCAGGAUGCCAUCGAGGAGCGUCUAACAAAUCUAGAGGAUAAAAUGCAGAGUCUACAAGAGCACAUGGAAAGCCUUCCAGAUCUAUUAUCUCGCUGCCUGACACAGCAUCAGGAGCGCAUCGAGCAACGACGCAACUUUCUUCAUCCUGAUACAGCCGCCGCUGCCAUACAGCCCGUACAACCGGCCACGCCCCAAUCCAUGUUCAAUGCGGCGCCCAUGCUGUUCCCCCAUUCUAGAAGUGUACCCUCAUCCAAUAACGCCGCUGCUACUUACCAUUGGCCAACAAGCCCUAUUUUGCCACCUAUAUCUAGUAGAACACCACAUUUAGUGCCUGAUACUCACAUGCCAUCAAAUGGAUCUGCAGUUAAUAGCUACGCAUCUUCCAACAAAUACGGCAGCUGAAUAUCAGAAAGAGAGCGCUCCAACUCCGUGAUUAACAUCGAGAUGCAUAUAUUAAAGCCAGCUAGAGCAACUACGUCAACAAUAUCAUCCACAUCAGCAACAACAUUUACGUCAAUACCAAUGCCCAUGUCAAAGUCCAUGUCACCAACUCUGAUGGAGACAGCGCUAAGGCAGCGUCUGCAUUCGCCAUCGUUGUCCGUCGAACCGGAACAGCUCUUCGAACUGAGCCAUUAUCAACAGACAUAUUCGCAUUCACAGCAGCAUUCGUAUCCGCAUCAGCGCACCCUGGAGAGCAUCAGCAUACCAGCCAUACCGGAGGAUGUCGAGACCAUUACCAAUGCGAACAGCAAAGGUUCACCCGAUCCAAGUGCGCAGCCGCAGCCCACUCACGCGGGCAACAGCGGUGGCAACGCUGGCAUCUCCAUAGAGAUGGCAGCAGAUAUAUCGAUAACAACACAAAUCGAUAGCGAUGCCAGAACGAAUGCAACGACGACGACGACGACGACGACGACGAAUGUCACAUCGAUUGCCACAAAGAUCACUGAGAAUAAGUUUACUAGGAAAAGAGAACGUGUAUGCAAUAAUAGUAGUAAUAGUAAUAAUAAUACAAAUAAUAGUAAUAUUAGUAAUUCUACAAGUCGAAUUUCGAACUCGGCCUUUUGUAAAUAAGCCUCUUCGAAAUUAGAAAAACAAAAGUCAAACGUUAGCAUAUACAAGCAUAUAUAUCUAUAUGUGUAUAUAUAUAUAUAUACAUGUAUACAUAUAUAUAGUAUAUAUAUAUAUAUAUAUUCAUAUAGGAUAGGUGUACUUUUUUUUUUAAGCCUAGGAUAUUAUUGGUAUUUUCACAAUAGUAUCUAGUAAUUGAAUUAAAUUACAUAGCAUAGCAUUACCAUUAUAAGUGUGACUUGCAACCUGAUGAAUGAUGAACUCAAUAGACCCCAACCCCUCCCAAUUCAAUAUAAAAGAAGAAAUGUAUAUAGGAUUCCACAUUCAUGACAAAACGUAACAGUUAAUACCAUAGCAAAAAGUUUGAAUUCUGGUAUCAUUAUUAGCGAAAUUCCCCAAAAAUAGCAAGUCUACAAAUCUCUAAUAAAAGAAAAAAAAAUAACAAAAAAAAAAAACAAUAAUAAUAGUAAUAAUAUCAGUUAAAAGUCUAAGUAAUUGUUCAGAUUAUAAAUCAGAAAACAGGCAUAUUAGUAAGAAGUAUUGUGUAUGCUUCUUCAACAAUAUCAACAGCAAAAUCCAUGUACGUUCCUCUGUUCGACUAUAAGUGCUAGAAUCAGCAGAUUUUCUUAUAUAGGCUCUACUAUAUCCCUAUAGUUAUAGGGUAUAUCAAACAAAUUUGAUAUGCCGCCAUUACACCCCCAAAAAUCCAUAGGAAAAAGAAAACAAAAUCAAGUAAAAUAAAAUCCACAGUUAAGCAUAUGAUAUGUCAACUUAUUUACACUUAGUGCAGAACUUAACCAUAGAUUUUUGGUUUGCAGACACUCGGUUAUAUCAGCCCUAUAUACUUAUAAACAUAGUCCCAAAAGUCCUUAGAGUAUAUAUGUGUGUAUGUGUGUGUUUUUGUGUAUGUGUGUGGUUGUAUUCUGGUGCAUAAAAGUAACUUAAUGAAGAUGUUAAUAUGAGUAUUCAAAUUGUUCUAUGUAUUACGAACAUAAGAGAAAUUCGUCUAAGUUCAACUAAAAAUAUUGCUGGUUAUGAAAAAAACCAAAAAAAAAAAAACAAAAACGAAAACAUAACAAAAUAAAUGUACCACAUAUACAUACAUACUAUUAAAUAAUAGCCCUGGCUUUAACGAACAACAUUUUUUAAGAACAAAAAAAUAUCCCUAAAGGGAGUUGAACAUUUUAAGCCCCCAAGUAACUAAAAACCCAAAGAAUUAUGAACUCAAUUAAGAACCUGACUAGCUUUUGAGAGAGGUACGAGAUACAGAAUAUUCAAGUAACUUAAGUAAGCCCUUCAAGAACAAUUUUAAUUGAAUUUUGUAAUAUAUGUAUUUAAAGAAACGAAAAACAAAA